CUAAUAUUAUUUUAAUUUUAACUUGUAAGAGGUGAAAAAAAUCUGAAAUCGCCUUCUCGAAGAAGCAACAGUGGCUGUUGAAAUCUCUGUUUUUCUCUCACAUUUUUCAAUCUACGUUUAUCGACUUCUGAUUAGUAGCAGCAGGGAUUGUGAUACCGAGCCAUUGCCCUAUUCAGAAUUUGAUCUUUGUCUUCUUCUUUUCUCUGAAUCUUUUUGUUUGUUUUCUAUUUUUUUAAUUGUUCGUAUUGGAGAGCAGAUAAUCGGUUGUUUUAUACGGCAUCGUUCAUCACGGCGGUAUUUAUGUAGGAAAACUCGAAAUUAUCCUUUUGAUGUAUCUGAUUAUGUCAAAGUUCGUUUCUUUUUGUGAGUUCUGAGUGGGUGAAGAGAUGGGACUGCAAUCUUCUGGUAAAUUCAUUGAAUUUUCCGGAGGAUUCUACCAUCUCUGCUAGCGGCAAUCCAAUUGCUGAAUUUUGUCCCUUGAGCUCUGAGGUCUUUUUUAUUUCUAAUUGUUUAUUUUAUCACAUUUAACACACGUAGAGCUGUGGUGGGUAGGGGUUUAGUGGGAGGAGGGGUGGUGAUGGAUGCGGUUAACAGUAGUAGCAAGGAAGGUGACUCCCAGCCAUUGGAACAGGCAGUGGAUGAGAGUUCAACAUCAUUUUCGUCAGCAUCAGUGCUGAUGCCAUGGCGUCCUAGGCAGCUUGCAUUUGGUCCUUAUUCGCCUUCUGUAAACACUGAUACAAGGCCCCAAUCUUUGAGAGUUGUUGUUAGAAGGCCUUUGGUGGCACGAUUGACUAAGGACAUUGUUGAGAUAUAUCAAAUAUGCAACCCUCAAUUUGGUUAUUCAGAAGAAUUUAUUCCGAAGAGGUUCCUGACGUCUCCAUCCACUGGGGUGUUGAAUGAUGGCUGUGAUAAUGCGAACUCAGACCUGAUUCUUACUGUAAAUUUACCGUUGGUUAAUUUAGAGACACAGCGAAGAUACAUUAUCAAGGAUAUGCUUGGCCAUGGAACAUUUGGGCAGGUUGCUAAGUGCUGGGUUGCUGAAACAAAUAGCUUUGUUGCUGUUAAAAUAAUUAAGAAUCUACCUGCUUACUAUCAGCAAGCACUUGUUGAAGUUUCAAUUUUAACAACAUUAAAUAAGAAGUUUGAUCCCGAAGAUAAGAACCAUAUUGUUCGAAUAUAUGAUUAUUUUGUGCAUCAACGACACUUGUGCAUCGCUUUUGAGCUGCUUGACACCAAUCUGUAUGAGCUUAUAAAGUUAAAUCAUUUUAGGGGACUGUCAUUGAGCAUUGUGCAGCUAUUCUCAAAACAGAUAUUGCGUGGACUGGCUCUGAUGAAAGAUGCUGGCAUAAUUCAUUGUGAUUUAAAACCGGAAAACAUUCUUUUAUGUACAAGUGUAAAGCCGGCAGAAAUCAAGAUUAUAGACUUUGGAUCAGCAUGUAUGGAAGAUCGUACAGUUUAUUCUUAUAUUCAGAGUCGCUACUAUAGAUCUCCUGAGGUUCUUCUUGGAUAUCAAUAUACUACGGCGAUUGACAUGUGGUCAUUUGGGUGCAUAGUCGCGGAAUUGUUUCUAGGGCUUCCAUUGUUCCCAGGAGCUUCGGAGUUUGAUCUUCUAAGGAGAAAAAAAAAAUAA